AUGCCCCUCGUUUUAAUUUCAGGCUUCCCUUCCGCGGGCAAGACCACCAGAGCCCUCCAGCUAAAAGAAUUCUUCGAGGCCAAGAUCGCCAGUUCGCCUCCUGAUGCGCGCACUUCCCGCCUAAGAGUCCAUCUCAUCAACGACCAGUCGCUGGGCGUGUCGCGCGCCGUCUACCAUACCGCCAAAGCCGAAAAGGAUGCACGUGCGGAAGAAUAUUCCGCCGUCAAAAGAGUCUUGUCGCGCGAUGACAUCGUUAUCGCCGAUGGCUUGAACUACAUCAAGGGCUUCCGCUACCAGCUGUACUGCGAGGCCAAGGCCCUACAGACUCCAAGCUGCGUUCUGCACAUAGGCACGCCCGCCGAACGAUGUCGCGAGAACAACAAGAAGCUCUUGGCGGACAAAGAGGUUGAUGGCGGAUACGAGGAGGAAGAUUUUGAGAACCUCAUCUUCCGGUAUGAGGAGCCCAAUGGCAUGACGCGAUGGGACAGUCCGCUGUUCAUCGUCGUCGAGGAGGACGAGAAGCCGCCGUGCGACCAGAUAUGGGACACCAUAGUCAGCAGCGAUGGCAAGAUGAAGACUGUCAAGCCGAACCUUGCGACCGUGCUGAAACCAGCGACAGAGCAGAACUACCUCUACGAGCUCGACAAGACGACCUCCGAUAUCCUCGCCCAGAUAAUGGUGUACCAGAAAGACCACCCUGGUGAAGGAGGUGGAGAGAUAGCCGUUGCCGAUGUCCAGAAGCCCAUCGAGCUCCCUGCGACGCCAAUGACACUCCCGCAACUCCAGCGCAUCCGCCGCCAAUUCAUCACCCUGAAUCGUCAACAUAGCUUUUCCAAAGCACGCAUAAAGGAGGUCUUUGUCGACUAUCUCAACGCUGAGUUCCUGCGCUAG